AUGGGACCGAAGAGGAGAAAAACUCUCGUCCCGCGAGAUGACGAGGAUGACACAAUUUCUAACAGCCGUCAGCCGAAGUUUUCCCCCACCGAAGUUCUAAAGUUAGUUAGUCUUGUGGAAAAGAAUUGGAGGGUUAUUAAUGACAAGUUUUCAGACGUGAUUGCAUUGAAGCGAAAGCAGGAUGUGUGGAGUGACAUAACGCGAAGAGUGAACAGCGUUGGCACAGUACUUAGAACAAACAAAAGCAUUCGGCACAAGUGGGACGAUAUGAAAUCAAAAGUCAAACAAAAGGCCGUCUAUGUAAAAAAGAUGUUGUCAAAAACUGGCAACGUGCCAUUGGAAGAUGCCAUUCCUCAGCUAACGGAAUUGGAGGAAAGGAUUGCAGGACUCAUCGGGACUGAAAUGAUUGAGGGAAUCCCUGGCGGCAUAGAUACAGAAGAGCCUGUCUCCGGCGACCAUGACAACCACGAGGACCGCGACUUCGAUUUCGAAACGCAGAUAUCAGAACAAGAACUUCGAAACGAAAUAGAUACCAUUGCGUCCCCAGACAUUGCCGUCCACGAUGCAGACGUCCGUUCUCCUUCUCCACCACCAAGGAAUCGUGUGAGACCACAUAAGGGUCCCGUCUCCCGAUCGUUUAUGGAGUCCAUGGGAGAUUCUCCUCUUCCAGCAAAGACGUCCGCUCGUGUAGAUUUGCAGAAAUCACUGACUCAGUGA